AUGCCUCCAGGGCCGAGUCAGAAGGGGACGGGCAAGAAGAACUCAGCCAUACCAAAGCAGAGCCGCAACACCACGCCUGCUCCAGUCGCGACAGCUAGUUUACCACCGCAGGAGUUUUACGAUCCAGACUAUCUUAACACGAGAGUCAUCCUUUUUCGCAAUCUUACCUAUGAUGAUAUCGUCGAUCAAUCCGCCUCAAAUGCGACCAUUCCAGAUUCAAAGAGCCUUGAUGGCAUGAUUGAACGACUCAAGAGCUUAUCCAAUAUUAUGGAAAAGCGCUCGACGUUUUACGAUCGCGGGAUGAGGCACUUGGCAGAUGAGCGUAAAAAGCGACCAUCCGAAGAUUAUAGCAGUCGCGCCGAUGGUGAACAAGAAGGAAAACGACCAAAACAUAAAAGAAAGAAGCCCGAUUCACUUGCGCCGCAGGAAGGCAAUGUCGAACGUUCGUCACCGAUGCGAGACUCGAAAAACCGUAAACACGACCGCGAUCCGAGUUCGCCUUUGUCACCUACACAUGCUGGCUCACCAUCGGCCAUGGAUGUUGACAAGAAGGCCAAGACCGAAGAAAAAGAAGGAGAGGAAGGAGAGUCAAGCUCUGAAGACGAGGGUGCGCCUCCUCGUCGCGAACAACCCCAAGCUAUGACAUUCGGCGAAGAUCCUUCCACCUUCCCUGACCCCACCAUCUACGAAAUUCGAGCGACCUAUCCCGGAAUGCCCGAUGAAGAACGCAAAGAGAUCUACUCAGUUGCAACAUAUCCCCCGUCAGAUCUCGCCGAUCUUAUUGCGGGCGAUCCUCCUGACAAGGACUUCAGCAAUGCAAAGCCCAACAGUCAGAUCAACUUCUCUACGUUCUCGACGUACGUUGAGCCAUUCUUCCGACCAUUUUCCGAAGAGGAUCUAGCCUUCCUACGAGAACGAGGGGAUCGUGUGACACCCUUCGUCAUGCCUAAGCGCGGCAAGAGACACUAUACAGAGAUAUGGGCUGAGGAGGACGGCGCAAUGUCGAUCGAUACACCACAACAAGGGCGGGACAAGCUUCCUCCGAAUCAGCCACGAGGAAGCAUAGACAACAUGGACGAUGACGUCGGAGAGACAGACAAGCUUUCAGUAGGCCCUUGGUUGACCCGCUUAAUGCAAACGCUUCGACCUGAAGCCCGCGCGCAAUCUGCAGACGACAAGCCUACGACAAAUGGAACCACCAAUGGAGAUAUUAGCAUGAAUGGUGAUGCAGACGCCGAAGAUAAGCCUGCAUCCUCUGAUGACAAACCGAACCAGCAGCCGGCAGCUUUUAUGCCUGAAUCGUCAACAGAGGCCUGGAAGAAAGCUUCUCAUCCAAAAUUGGAAUAUUCACAGGUUGAUGAACGCAUCAAGCAGGAACUCCGACACAUUGGAUUCCUUCCUCUUGAUGGAUUCGAAGCAGAGUACGAUGGCCAUUUUGACGACGAGGUCGCAGCUAGAUUGAGACUUUUGCAAAAUCGUCUCAAGGAGCAGAUGCUGAUCAACGGUGCGCGCAAAGCUCGUCUCACGGACCUUGUACGAGAACGUAUGGCGUACCAGGAGUAUCAGACCAUCCUCGAGGAUCUUGACGGCCAAGUGCAAGCUGCAUACCUUAAGCGCACACGCACCAUGGGCAAGAGCAAGAAGACGAAGCGUCCCGGAGGUGCAGGUGGCGGUAGUCACUUUGUGGGCGGCGCUGCGGGUACCGCUCGUCCGGGCAUUGGCGAUCUUACGAAGACGCUCAUGGAGCGACGAAAGCGAUGGAUCGACACAAUUGGAUCAGUAUUUGAUGAUGAAAGCCUUCGCAAGGUUCCGAGAAUUACAGAUCCGGAGAGUUCGAUUUUCAAGCCGGCAGACAUGAGCGAACUGAUGAACAAAGAAAAAGAGCAAUGGGAUGAGGAAGUGGAGGAGGAUUAG